AUGAGAAUUCAUGCUGAAGAUAAGUUCUAUUGUAUUAUACUGCAGAUUCUCCUUUGGACAUCAGAGACUUCACACUGGAGAGGAAAUGUGAGAGUGCUUAACUGGAUAGCCCAAAGACCUGGGCUGAACCGAGAAACUGGCAGUGGGAUGGGAGAGGAAAGGAAGAAUUCAAGCAAUAAUAAGGCAGAAUCUAGCCGCACCACAGCCUGUUCGCCCCACAGCGGACCAGUGAUUCUGUCAAAAUGUGUUCAGCCAAGCCACUCUUUUGCUCAAACCCCUUCGAUGGUUUUCUGUCACACAGAGAAUACAUGCAAACUUUUUAUGAUGGCCUUCAAGCCCUCUUAUUACCCUUCCAACCUUCUCUCCCACUCUCCCUUGUUCACUGUGCCCUCUCCUGUCACACUGGCCUUGCUAAACCACAGGCUCACCAAGCACACUUCUAUCUCUGGUCAGCAUUUCUGUUCUCUUCCCAGAUACUCACAUGGUUUCCUUCCUCACUACAUUCAAAUCUCUGCUCAAAUGUUACCUUCUCAAAGAGAACUUCUCAAAACGCUACUGAAAAGAAUCCCCACCUUCCCACCCCCGUCCCGUAACACAGCCUCAAUGUGUCAUCACUACCUAAUCAAUAUUUUCUGUUUAUUGAGUACCCCCUCUAGUAGAAUUCAACCUGCAUAAGUUCAGGGUUUCACUAUUUCUCCAGCCCCUAGAACAAUGCCUGACACGUAAAUGCUCCAAAAGUGUCUAUAGAAUGAAAUCUUCAGUGAAAGCCAAAACAGAAUGCCAUAGUGUCACGUAAGUAAAGUCACUGACACUGCUCACUAAGAGGUGGCCAACAGUUACCUAGCUGACAAAUCUCAGGUCCCGUUCUUGGCUUUUUUUCGCCACCGACAAAGUUAAAACUCUCAUCUUUCCUUCCCGAGCUCCGUGAAAAUUCAAAGGCAACUAAAUAUCUCCAGUUGGAUCUUUCUGUAUUUUACCUCAUCCUUGCCCGCCUCCGCAAAAUACUGUCCACAAAAAUAAAUACCACCCCUCUAAAUACCACCCAGUUGCACAAGACAGACUCCUUGGCAUCCAGCCCCUUCCUCCUGAUAAGUCGUGGAGAACCAAGUUUAUUCUACCUGUCGACGUUUCUCGCGCCGUGCCCUGGGUCCCGUGGCCACCACUCUGGCCCCAGCCACUAUCCGCUGGGUCCUGAACUGCCGCAGCAGCCUUCUCACUGGU